AUGGACAUCCCCAUCAGCAGCAGAGACUUCCGCUGCCUGCAGCUGGCCUGCGUGGCCCUCGGCCUGGUGGCCGGCAGCAUCAUCAUUGGUGUCUCCGUGUCCAAAGCUGCAGCUGCCGUGGGUGGAAUCUUUAUUGGUGCCGCUGCUGUGGGGAGCCUAAGAAUCCACCCCCAGCCAGGGCCAGACCACAGGGAAGGAAGAUCCAGCGCCAAUGGUAAUAAAGAAGGAGUCCGCAGCAGCCUGUCCACCGUGAGCAGAACCCUGGAGAAGCUGAAGCCAGGGGGAAGGGGGGCUGGGGAGGGCUGA